AUGACGCCACUCGCUGCAGUCCUGCUAGGCUGCAUGGCCGGUGCCACAGCGGUAGCACUCCCGGCAGUGUCUUCUCCACGAAUACUACAACGGACCACAGAAACUGUCAGGAUCGAACAGCUCGAUGAAUCCCUGUUACCCACCGGCGACAGAAGGUUGAUCUUCAUAGGCGACAUCCACGGCUGCAAGGACAAGCUGCUGGAGCUUCUCGACGAUGCCGAGUACAACCAAGAAACCGACCACAUCGUGGCAGUGGGCGACAUAGUCAACAAAGGUCCCGACACCCUCGGCGUCAUCGACUACCUCAUGUCCCAGAACGCCUCGAGCGUGCGCGGCAACCACGAAGAGCGCAUCGUGCCUCUUGCAGAGGCGGCCAACAUCACGGAAGCCUACGACAACCCAAACUCCAGCCCCGAGGCCAUCGCCCAGGCCCUCAGUCCCGCGCAGCUCUCGUACCUGCAGUCCUUCCCUCACAUCCUCCGCAUCGGCACCAACCUGCCCACCUUCCGCGGCGAAACCAUCGUCGCCCAUGCCGGCCUCGUCCCCGGCCUCGCCCUCGAAGCCCAAGUCCCCGACUCGGUCAUGAACAUGCGCGCCCUGGACACCCAGACGCUGGAAGUGUCGAACGCGCGCGCCGAAGCCGGCUCCUUGGAGAAUCACUGGUUCGUGGUCUGGGACGAGCACCAGUUCUGGUACUCCCUGACCUCAUGGGUGCGGAAGUUACUCGGCAAGGACAAGGCCGCGCCGCGCGCGACGGUCAUCUACGGCCAUGACUCGCGGCUGGGCCUGCAGCUGGGGUCCUACCACCGGGGUUUGGAUACGCGGUGUUCGGCGGGCGGGUAUCUCACGGCGCUGGUCGUGAGCGAUGGCGGCGCGAAGGAGGCGAUCGUGACGGUGGACUGCCCGAACUACGAGGAGCAGGUAGCUGAGUCGUGA